UGGAGCGGGGGGACCGGGCGGGCUGCGGGACCGGGCACUGAGCGGGGAGGGACAGGGGGACCCUGGGGGGUGACCCACGGGCAGGGGACAGCCAGCCCCGGGGGGACACCGGCAGGGGACAGGCAGCCCCGUGUCGGGGGCGGACAGACGGACAGGGGACAGGCAGCCCCGGGGUGAGGGGACAGGCGACCACGCGGGGUUCGGGCAGCUGGAGGCUUGCACAGGCAGCCAGGGGUGACACGGGGACAAACAGCCCAAGGCAGGGAUAGACGGAGAAGGUGACAAGGCAAGCGCACCCCCGGGGCAGGGGAGCGGAGGGGAAGACCCCCCCGGGACCGCGGCAGGGGCCUCGCACCGGGAGGGAAGAGCCCGGUUCGGCGGCUGCUCCGCCGCCGUCCCCGGCCGGGGAUGCAGCCCGGAGCCGCGGGAAGCCACGUAUCGACCCUUCGGGGCACGGCGGCCCCAAACCCACCCGGAGCUGCGUGUCCCCAGAGGGACUUGAAGCGGGGCCAAGCGGUGAUGGAAAUGUCAUUGUCGCGGCACGGGGGCCCAGCGAAGUAGAGGCUGCGCCGGAGGGAAGGGAGCGGGACGCCCCUGCACCGAGCUCUGCAGGGAGGGACGACCCUGGAAAGCCAGCGCGGCUCUGGUCGGAGGGGACAGGGGGAGGACCGUGGGGUUGAUCCACGCUCCCACAAGCUGCAAGGGACAAUACCUGGAGGCUGGGAGCCGUCCCACUGCCCACUUCAGGUUUGGGACAUCGGCCUUUUGAGCGGACUCCGACACCCGUCCGAGCCCGAUGAGGAGCUGGGGCUGCACAUGAACCUAUGCAGACCAGGAAGAAAUACAUUUUCCUGACUUUCCUUGCCUCUUGGCUCCUGCUUUUCUUCUUUGGAGGAGACCAGCUGCGCCGUUUCGCUCUCUUUCCUGGGAGGAAAGGCGAAGCCCGGAGGAACUGGCCCCGCUGGAUUGAUCGGUCCCUCCUCAAAAGCUUUGCAGACCCCAAGGAGCUGCAGAGCGAUGGGGACCCCUCACUGCCAUCGCCCCGGGAGCGGCAGGCGGCCAGGCUGAGCGUCUACAAGAACAGCAGAUGCCGGAUGGAAACCUGCUUUGACUUCUCCAGGUGUGAGAAGCAUGGCUUCAAGGUCUUCACCUACCCCCGGGAGAGGGACGAGCCCCUCUCAGAGAGUUAUGGCAAAAUCCUCACCUCCAUCGAACGCUCUCGCUACUACACCCCAGACCCCGAGGAAGCUUGCCUCUUCAUCCUCAGCAUCGACACGCUGGACCGUGACCACCUCUCUGGUCAAUAUGUCCGUAACGUUGAUGAGAAAAUCCGUCGUUUCCCACUCUGGAAUGGUGGUCGGAAUCACCUCAUCUUCAACCUCUACUCAGGGACCUGGCCCAAUUACACUGAGGAUCUGGGCUUUGACAUCGGCCAGGCCAUCCUGGCCAAAGCCAGCUUCUACACGGAGAACUUCAGGCCUGGCUUUGAUGUCUCCAUCCCUCUCUUCUCCAAGGACCACCCGCAGCGCGGCGGGGAGAGGGGGUGGUUGUAUCAGGACUCCAUCCCCCCAAAAAAGAAAUAUUUGUUGGUGUUCAAGGGGAAGAGGUACCUGACCGGCAUCGGCUCCGGCACCAGGAACGCCCUGCACCACAUCCACAACGGGAAGGACAUCAUCUCCCUCACCACCUGCAAGCACGGCAAGGACUGGGAGAAGCACAAGGACACGCGCUGCGACAAGGAUAACGUCGACUACGAAAAGUUUGACUACCAGGAGCUGCUGCACAACUCCACCUUCUGCAUCGUGCCCCGGGGCCGGCGCUUGGGCUCCUUCCGCUUCCUGGAGGCACUGCAGGCUGCCUGCAUCCCGGUGCUGCUGAGUGAUGGCUGGGAGCUGCCCUUCGCCGAGGCCAUCAACUGGGGCAAAGCCGCCGUGGUGGGCAACGAGAGGCUGCUGCUGCAGAUCCCCUCCAUCGUCCGCUGCAUCCCCCCGGAGCGCGUGCUGGCUUUCCAGCAGCAGACCCAGUUCCUGUGGGAUGCUUACUUCUCCUCUGUCGACAAGAUCGUGCACACCACGCUGGAGAUCAUCAAGGACCGGCUGUUCCCGCACCGCUCCCGCUUCCUCUGGAACACGCUGCCCGGGGGGCUCCUGGUCCUGCCCGAGUUCUCCACCCACCCCGGGGACUUUCCCUUCUACUACCUGCAGCACGGCUCCAGCCCCUCUGAGAAGUUCACAGCUUUAAUCCAGGCUGUUUCCCCGGUGGGAUCCCCCUCCCAGCCCAUCCUCAGGCUCAUCCAGGCUGUCUCUGCAUCCCAGUAUUGUGCCCAGAUCCUGGUGCUGUGGAGCUGUGAGAAGCCACCACCACCAAGUGGGAGAUGGCCCCAGACCACCGUGCCUCUGACCAUCAUCCAGGGCAGCGGGAAGCUCAGCGACCGCUUCUUCCCCUAUGCGGCCAUCCAGACGGACGCUGUGCUGAGCCUGGAUGAGGACAGCAGCCUGUCCACCAGCGAGGUGGAUUUUGCCUUCGUGGUGUGGCGCAGCUUCCCCGAGCGCAUCGUGGGCUUCCCCGAGCGGAGCCACUUCUGGGACCCCGAGCAGAGGCGCUGGGGUUACACUUCCAAGUGGACCAACGAGCUCUCCAUCGUCCUCACCGCCGCUGCCUUCUACCACAGGUAUUAUCACAGCCUCUUCACCCAGUACCUGCCGGCGGGGCUGCGGGAGCUGGUGGAUGGCCUGGCUGCCUGCGAGGACAUCCUGAUGAACGUCCUGGUGGCCGCUGUCACCAAGCUGCCACCCAUCAAGGUCACCCAACGGAAGCAGCACAAGGAGAGCGUGUCCCAGCAGGUGAAGGGCACGGCGGGGGUGGCCGGCGGCCGGCGUUUCUCCCAGCGGCAGGACUGUCUCAACCAGCUGGUGGACUGGUUUGGCUACAUGCCCCUCGUGUCCUCCCAACUGCGCCUCGACCCCGUCCUCUUCAAGGACCAGGUCUCCGUCCUGCGCAAGAAAUACCCACGCUUGGAGAAACCCUGAGGACUGCCAGGGGGCAGGGUCAGGGUCUUGGUGCACAGAGACCCCCACCCCGGAGAAGGUGGCUGCUGCUGACGGGGUUUUACUCGUUGUUGGGUUUUACUCAUUGUUGGGUUAUAUUUGUUAUUGGGUUUUACCAGUGCAAUAAAGGUGGGUGGAGAGGCA